UUUUAUUAUUUAAUUCCGUUAUAGCUUUUUAGUUAUUAUUGAUGUCAAAUGUGUUGCUGCUGCUUAAGUUUGAGUUUGCUGCUCAAAUUUUUUACUUUAUCAGAAUGAUGUUAGGUGAAUUUCAUGUUGCUCAGUUUGGAAAUGAAAGCUUAACUGAGAUUGGUGCCGAUGAGUUUUUGCAAAUCAAGGAAAAAGGCUCACAUAUGAAUUGAAUUCAUUUCCAUGUGCCGAUGAGUUUUGAAUGGAUGGCAAUUUCUUAGUAUACUUCUCCGGCGAAGAAAUGAAAUACCGAAGAAUUGCAUAAACGAAAUGAAAAAAGCGUGGUUGUUUGGACCACAAGGAGUAGUGUGUUAAAUCCUGGGCCAACAUGGCUACCCAGACAAUGUCUGAAACUGCCCAGAAAAUUGUCACUCCUGAAACCCUCCGCUAUGCGGCCAAACAAUCUGAACGUUGCCUUGUUGUCCCUCUUCGUCUUCGCCGUGCCAUUAAGAAAUACCUUCGAGAGCAGGAGGAUCCACAUAUGAAGAGGAAAGUGUUGAGAUUAUCUCAAUCUUUCAAUACUAUCAAGAAUGUUAACCUGCAGCUGACCACCACUACAUCAAAGGAGAUAGUUGAAGACCCUUUAAAGUCUUUCGAACAAUCAAAGCGUUGGAAGAUCAAGAGUUCUUAUGGCGACAUCGGUCUGUCAUACAGGGAUGAUGAGACAGUUGCAUAUGUCGCUUCUCGCAUGCCUGCUGUUUAUUCAGCUUGUUACAGAGUACUUAAGGAGGUUCGUAAAAGGCUUCCUGGUUUCUCCCCAGCCAAGGUAUUAGAUUUUGGUGCUGGGACAGGUUCAGCUUUCUGGGCACUGCAAGAAGUCUGGCCAAAAUCUAUGCAAAAAGUUAAUCUAAUAGAACCAUCGCAGUCAAUGCAGCGUGCAGGUCGAAGUCUUAUACAAGGUCUCAAGAAUUUGCCACUUAUUCAUAGUUAUGAUAGCAUUCAAGCACUUUCCAAAAGUAUUGGGAAAUCAGAGAGAGGGCAUGACCUUGUGAUUGCUUCUUAUGUGCUUGGAGAGAUCCCAUCACUACAAGAUCGAAUUACCAUAGUUCGCCAGCUUUGGGAUCUAACACAGGAUGUUCUGGUUUUGAUUGAACCUGGAACACCUCAUGGAUCCAAUAUUAUUGCUCAAAUGAGAUCUCACAUAUUAUGGAUGGAAGAAAGAAGACACCGUAAAUCGAGUCUUAAAAAUGAAGCUGCUUGUAAAGAUUUGAUGACUCAGAAAGCUGGGGCUUUUGUGGUUGCUCCUUGUCCUCAUGAUGGGACUUGUCCGCUGGUAAAAUCUGGAAAAUAUUGUCAUUUUGUUCAGCGGAUGGAAAGGACGUCCUCACAGCGUGCUUACAAGCGUUCAAAGGGUGAGCCUUUACGCGGCUUUGAAGAUGAAAAAUUUUCCUUUGUUGCUUUCAGACGAGGACAAAGACCAAGGGAACCUUGGCCCCUCGAUGAUAUAAAACUCGAGACUCUCAAGGAGCAGCAUGAUAAAAGAAAUCCAGAGGACCUUGAGAUUAAUUAUGAGGAUUGGUUGAAAAUGCAAGAAGCUGAUGAUACCCCUCAUGAAGUAGUGAAUGGGAUAACUUGUGAUUCUGAUGCUGCGGAAACUGACAAGGAUGAUGGUGAUGAAGACGAAGAGUACAAGGAAGCAGAGGAAGAAACAGAUAGUGCUGAUCUUGGAGGCGGUUGGGGCAGAAUUAUAUUUAUGCCUGUGAGGAGGGGUAGACAAGUGACAAUGAUGACCUAUGGCCAUUUUGAAGCAAGCAUUAUGUGUGCUGUGUUCAAUUCUCUUUGGUUCAUUUCUUGGAGUUUUGGCCUUUCAAUUGGAAUAUAG